AUGGCUCCUUAUGAAGCACUUUAUGGACGUAAGUGUAGGUCCUUGUUGCAUUGGGAUGAUGUUGGAGAAAGAAAGAUUUUAGGGCUAGAGAUUGUUCAGAAUACUGGUGAAGUCAUCAUUAAGAUAAAUGAGAGAAUGAAGGUAGCUCAGAGUCGAUAUAAGAGUUAUGCAGACAAUCAAAGGAAAAAGUUGGAGUGUUUUGUAGAAGAUAUGGUGUUUCUUAAAAUUGCUCCUAUGAAAGGGAUGAUGUGGUUCGGGAAAAAACGCAAGCUAUGUUCGAGAUUUGUUGGACCUUUUCAGAUUCUAGAUAUAGUUUGUGAUUUAGCUUAUAGGCUUGCUUUACCACCUGCGUUAUCUGGAGUGCAUAAUGUUUUUCAUGUAUCCAUGCUCUGCAAGUACAUUCAUGAUUCUUCACAUGUGGUGAGUUUUAAGCCUCUUCAACUCAAUAUGGACCUUACAUAUGAAGAGUUACCACUCCGAAUCGUAGAUCAAAAGGAAAAAGAACUACGCACUAAGAAAAUUCCUUUGGUAAAAGUUCUAUGGAGAAAUCAUUCAAUAGAAGAAGCCACUUGGGAACGUGAAGAUGAAAUUCACGAGAAGUAUCCUCAUCUAUUCGAUAGUUAA